ACGGUGCACGGGCCGACGGGCGUGCUGUUCUUUAUUUCAGUCCUCGCAGCAUAUCAGAAUUCGUACGCUGCACGCGAGUUAUGAGAAUUUCUGCGACGCACCCGGACCAUGAACGAAAUUCUCGAGAGCUGGGAGCAGAUUGAGGAAUCCGUAGCACUCGACAAAAGACUGGAGGCUCUUCGAUUGAACACAAUAGAGGAAGAAAUAGAAUCUUCUAGGUUUAGAAUCAGUGGACACAAGGAACACAAGGAUGAUUACAUUAGGGGAAGAUGGCCUUAGAUCUCAAUAUGUACCUCCAAAACCUAUGGUAAAGAAAAUAUUAAAGGAACCUACUGUAGAUUCGCAGGAUAGCGGCUACAGCCUGCUGAAUGACGAUAAGCCUAAACGAUCUAUCAAGUCUCUUAAGCAAGUGAAACUCAAGAUGGAGAAAGUAGCAGUAUCUACCUUAGAAGUUAAGGAGGAGAUUCUCAAGAAGAAGCCUUGCCCUAAGGCUAAAGCUAAGGAGAAACAGCAGAGUGAGAAGAGGUCUGAUGAUUUUCGAGCUUCGACUUCACAGACUUCAUUUCAAAAGAACGACUCUAAUGCAAAACAAGCGCUUUAUGAAAAGUUAUACUAUGGCUUCAAACGACAGAACGAGGCUAUGAAGAGCAUACAGAUCAUGAUAACACCAAGAAGUAUUAUACUUCCUAUUUCAACGAGGUCCAUCGGCUUUAUGAUAAGAUUUUUGAUUUGUAAGUUUGCACGCUUGAAUAUACAGAAUGUUGAUUUCCACGGUUUAUGCUCGGCGUUAUAUAGAGUAACGUUGCUUCAAUUGAAUGUGAAGUUGAUGCAGACGAUGCUUAACCAGUGUUCAAGAAACAUUGGUACGAAUGAUUUCAUCACGAUUGAUGUUAAGUCUGAGUUUGUUCGCAUUGUUUGUGAACUAGGAGCGUACUUUGCUCCUCUCGUCAACUUAAUUUCGUCGAUUGGAGUUGCAAAGGCAUUCGGCACUUUAUAUAUUCCACGCAUGGUAAAAGCACCUACACUCAAUCACAUUGUGUGUUAUGAUCCAACUGUUAUCAAUUUCUCCACCUUGCGCACUUAUGUAGUGGCACUAAGUAGUGCAGCAACAGCUUAUGCUACACGUAAAUAUUUCUACGACCACAGUCCUUUUCCUAAUGCACGAUGGACGUUGCAGGAAAAACCACGUGAUGAUGGCGCUCCUAAUGAAGCGUUUCCCAUCUUAAGUAAUGCGGAUGAAAUUAUGCCUACAUUUUAUGGCAUCGAUCAAUUACGCGAAGAUAUUAAUAUCAUCAUGGACGCUAUUGAAUUAAUUGGACGGAAGUACACAAAGUUUGUUCACAUGGGUGGUGUAGACUAUGGUGGUAAUAGCAACUUUACCAUACUACCGUCGAACGAUGUAGAAGAUAUUAGGUGUUCCGACCUAACCUGGGAUGAUAAUGAUCCAGUUUACAACAUUAGCUCGCCAAUUUCUGGCACAAUUGAUCAUUUCUGGUCUCCAGAGUAUAUCUCUAAUGUUGAGUUUUAUCUCGGAUCAAUCCAUCUAUUUGGAGAGAGAGCUCAAAAAGGAGCAAGAUGGUCAGCUUAUGAUAUCCGAAGCGUGUCUGUUGCCAAACAAGAAGCGAGUAUCGACUACAAUACCGGACUACAAAACCUGCUCGGUUAAUACUUUCCUUGGUUAAUACUUCAUGAAAUGGUAAUACAGUAAUGGAAAACUGAGCAUAUUGGAGCAAAUCGUGAUGGUCAGAAAUAAUUCCUCUUUUGAAGGAAGUUCACUCAAUAACAUCGUCAGAAAACCAUAUUUCUGGCAAAGGGUCGUUUUAUCAGAAUGCGGAGAUGCGUAAAGAACGAAAUCAAUAACAGCCACAGCAGGAAACUUUGUGUGAUCGUAAUUUCCUCUGAGAUCACGUAGAUCACGGACUCGAUUUGCACUAAUGAUAUCAUAGCACAAAUGUUUAAAACGAUUUCUCUUAAACAGAUAAUCAAUCACUGCGUCAGAUCUAUACGCAGAUAACUAUGAUUUAGAAGAGUAGUUCACGGUGGCCGUGGAUAUAUCAUUUUUCAUUGAACAAGAGGACUUCAUUACAACAGGUGUAACCGCAACAUGUUCAUUCUCCAUUGCACAGUCUCCAGCGUCUUUGGCACAAAGAUACGGUAUCAAAUAAUAUAGAUAAAAUUCGUUUGAUCCAAGACGGGUGGAGAUAAGCUCUCUAGUCAAAUUUCUUCGAGAUAAAUCAAAUAAAAACUUUUCGUACUGACGAGACUAAAUCUUCUCUGGAUUCAAAUCAAAUAAAAAAGCCUGACGCAUGCUUUCUUGCAUCACCGAACAAAAUCUAAUCAUUAAUUUAGCGCGCUGAGUUUCAGCAUAGACUGCGCUAGCAAUGGACCGAAACAGAAAGGCUGUGUUGCAUUAUUCUUUAUGCCACUGAAUUUCUUUAAUAUGUACUGUUUCACUUGCAACAUAUCCUGCAAAUAAUAUUUGAUUGAAUUUAUGAAUAUUGAAUAA